AUGUCUUCUUCAAACCCUCUCAAUGCAGACUACGCAUGGCCGCUGUAUGACGAUGAGCCUAUCGAAGGAGCCUUCGUACUCGACACCGCAAACGGCAUCGACAAGGCCGUAGUAACAAGCGUCACACGUCCCUGGCUCUUCGGCUUUAAGAACACCACGCGUACAUCAAACGGACGGAAUGUCCUUAUUUUAGGCGGAGGAGGAUACGUCGAGCUCAUGGUGGGAAGAGAAGGUGUGCAGGUAGCGAGGUGGCUAGCAGGGCUAGGAUUUCACGCCUUCGUGCUCAUACAUCGUUUUCCGAAUAAAGAGACGGGCAGUCAAGCGCCAGUAGACGACGCCAGGCGGGCUCUCAAGAUGUUUGACGAGAAGGGCUUUGAUGAAGGCUGUAGGGGUGUAUGCGGUCUCUCAUCUGGUGGUCAUCUCGCUGCAUCGCUAUUUUCGACGUAUCCCACUUCUUGGAGUAAUCCAGAUGCGGAAGGUGGCGUUCCAUACCUCGAUUUCGCUAUCAUUGGUUAUGCGCCUAUUUCCACGAAUGCAAAAGGACGCCAGAUUAUUGCAAACAAGCCAGCGCUGGAGCCGCUGGAGAAACAGGCGCUUUACAAUACGGUGCAGCCAGACGUACAGUUGGAGAGCAGAGGUCCGGGAUCCCUUCCACCAACCUUCAUAGUCUAUGCUGGAAAUGAUCCGGUUGUGCCGGUGGUGAACGCAUAUAGGCUGGCUGAAGGCCUUAUGAAAGCUGGUGUCCCUGUAGAGCUUCACGUCUUCUCGGAUGCGCCGCACGGGUUCGCAUUGGACACGCUGCGGAAGCCGCCGGAUGCGGAUCAGGCUGAAACGGAUGAGUCGGCAAGGAAGCAGCAAGAGAGGUCAACGACCGCCGGAAUAAUGGCGUCGCUUUUGCGGCAACUCGUAGCCGGCCCUCGCGCCAGGCAUGCUGAAGCUGGCCUCGACCUGUGCUAUGUGACCGACAACAUAAUCGCUACUUCGGGCCCUAGCGGCACCUACCCGCAGCGCGCCUAUCGCAACCCGCUUGACUCGCUCGUAAAGUUUCUCGACUCGAAACAUGGCGACGAUUGGGCCAUAUGGGAGUUCCGCGCUGAAGGGACGGGCUACCCCGACUCGGAGGUCUAUGAUCGCGUCUACCAUUAUCCCUUCCCCGAUCACCACCCGCCGCCUUUCGCCCUGAUACCGAACAUCAUGGCCAGCAUGCGCAACUGGCUCCAUGAGAAGGAGGGGCGGGUCGUCGUCGUACAUUGCAAGGCCGGGAAAGGGCGAUCGGGAACUGCUAGUUGCAGUUACCUCAUCAGCGAGGAAGGCUGGCCGGUGCACAAGGCUCUGGACCGCUUCACCGAGCGGCGCAUGCGUCCCAACAUGGGCAAAGGCGUCAGCAUCCCUAGCCAGCUCCGAUGGAUAGACUACGUGGAUCGCUGGGCCAAGCACGGCAAGCUGUAUGUCGAGCGGCAGGUCGAAAUACUUGAAGUGCACUGCUGGGGCCUCAGAGACGGUGUCAAGAUCCAGAUCGAGGGCUUCGUCGAGGAUGGCAAGCUCAUCAAGAACUUCCACACCUUCACGCGCGACGAGAGGGAGAUUGUGCGGGGCGAAGUCAAGACUACCGGCAUGGCACAGGCAGUGCAGGAGGUCAUGUACAAGAACGGUUUCGGCCCAUCCAAGACGAGCGAAGGUCCCAAGAAUGGCUCGACUUCCUCCCUCGAGCAGCAGCAGCAGAGCAAUGUCGAUGGCGCUACCACGGCCGAGCCAAGAGCGUCGCGCGAGAGCCUACCCACAGGCACAGGCGACGUCGUCUUCCGUCCCGCCAAGCGCGUAGUUCUGCCUACCAACGACAUCAACAUUGACGUCGAGCGUCGUAACAAAGCCGCCUUCGAUCUUACUAUGGUCACGGCUGUCGCGCACGUGUGGUUCAACACAUACUUCGAAGGGAACGGCCCUGAGCAGAAUGGCAAUGUCGACCAGUCGGGCAUGUUUGAGAUUGCAUGGGAAGCCAUGGACGGCAUCAAAGGCUCAUCUCGAAAAGGCACACAAGCUUUCGAGCGCAUAGCCGUAGUCUGGCGCGCACUGUUCAGCGAAGAGGGCCGACCUGGUGUUGUCAUUACAGAACCAAAGGAGGGUGAGCCUGUACAACAAGCUGAGCCCGCAGAUUGGAGGGGUACCAAGGGCGUGGAGCCGUCCGAAGACAAAGAUCUAGGUGUCCGCACAGCGAGCCCACCCAACGAGAAGUCCGACAUCAGCCGAGCGAACAGCGUCCGGAGCGAGAACAAGAAGGGUACCACCAUCGUCGAAGCUCCCGGCCGGAGGGACAGCGGGGAUAGUGACACCAAGCAUGUCCGACCACAUGGCCCGAAUGGGGAGAAAGUCCUAAUGGAGCCGAACAGUUCUGCUUCUCGAACAAGCACAGACGCGACAACGAGUGGGCCGACAACGGCAAUCUCAGACCCCACGCAACCAGAUCGUCCUGACAAUUCUAGUCAUGUUGCAAGCCACUCGCGAUCCGCAGACCAGCCUACUGGGUCACACCAGAGCGGGGGCCACAUUGGCGGAAUUGCAGAGAGCUUGAAGUAUCACGUCUCAGGAGCAGCUCACACCAACGAUCUACCUGAUGGAAAGCCUGAGAGUGAGAUGAAGGACGCAAAGGAGCAUGGCCUUGGGCACAUGCAUUUUGGCAAGAAAAAGACAAGUUCGUAG